UAUUUUAUCCCUAUUGUUUUCUUUUAGUUAUCCACUAUUUAGUAUUUUAGCAAAAUUACAAUUCUUCAUUGUUAGACUCUAUCUUGCUAAAAAUAUUAUCAUAUUGACAUAACUCCUAAAUUAUCCAAAAUGUGACACUUCUCUUCUAAAUUAAUUAAAACUAACAUCUUUUCCUCUCGAUCUCUCUAUCCUUACCACCUCCUUCAUCCUUCGACAAUCUAGAAAGUUAGCAAAUCUCUAAAACCCUUCCUAAAAAUUUACCUCUUUGCUAACCAAAUUACAGAAGAUCGCUUAAAAUUUCAAAAUUUCCUCCACUUAAAACUAAAACCACAACACAACAAAUGCAGAAGAUAAAAGGAACUAUCAACAACAAAGCUCCUAAGAUCCCUCUACAUCUGAUAGAACAACGGAAGAAGGCUCAGAUAAAACUUGAAAAGACUCAGCAGAUCCAGAGAGAGAAUAGGAUAAUGAUGCAAUAAAAAUGUUACUUAUUGAUAUGAAAGUGGGCAGUGAACUACAUCCGAAAAGAAUAAAGAAAACCCUUCCUCCCAAGCCACCUGGAAAAACACUUAAUCGAGCGAGACGAUAUGAGGUCUUAGUCAAGAUAAAUGAAGAGAACAGGCAUAUUAUGAGCAGACUUCAGAAUGCUAAAAGUGUGUAUAACGUUAAUAAAUGGGAGAAAGAAAGGAAAGAGCAUAAUAGAAUGGUCAAACGUCUUUCUUCUACUAGCGGAAGAGUCUCUAGCCAUCCUCAUUUUGCACCAAAUGAUAAAUUUAAAGAUCCUUGCAAAAGAAGAAGAAGGCCGAAAAGCCAGAGUAAGGCAAAAUUAGAUUAUGAUCCGAGAGUAACCAUUGCUAAAAGACCUAAAAGAAAGAAAAGGAUUAUCAGGCUGAAACCAAAAUAUACUGUAAACGAUAGUCUAAAGAACUCUUCCUUCCAUAAGCGUGAUGAUAUGGCUAAUACUCAUGAAGGCUCUCUUGAUAAUAGAAGUUAUGACCGGAGUCCGAUUAAUUUGAACACAAAGUUUUCAGGAGAAACUAUAUAA